GCUUUACAUAAUCAUGUCCGAAACUAUUACAGUCUACGACCAGAUCGAAAUAGAGGACUUCGUGUUCGACCCUACGCAGAGGAUCUUCACAUACCCCUGUCCCUGCGGUGACCGUUUUCAGAUCGGUCUCGACGACAUGCUCGAUGGGGAGGACAUCGCUGUGUGUCCGUCCUGUUCGCUCAUGGUCAAGAUCAUCUUUGACGAGGAGGACCUGGCCGAAUACGUCGACAGCUAGUCUCCCAAAUCAUCUUGAUGUACCUCCGGCCAUCUUGAUCACCACACCAAGUACCACUGCCAACAGCACAUAUAUGCCCCAUCCGUUUUCCCCGUGACCGCUUUGUUCGCUGUGGGCUUUGAUCUGUCUCGCCCUGAUCUGGUCCUCUGGGUCCAGAACUGCCGGUUUUUCCUGCUCCGUCGUUGCAGGCUCCGGCUCCUUGUAUGUACGAUUUUCUUGGGCCAGGUCUGCAAAGAUCUCAACAAAACGCGGGUCGCCCAGAUUGUAUUCUCUCGAUUUUAAUGCCAAUUGUCGCCUAGUUCGCUCCGACGUCACCACGCUUCCUGUAGUCUGCUCCUCGCUGGUCAUGAACGACAGCAGCCCGGUUACUAUUGUAGCCACCGACCACGACGGGUUCCACGUAUCCUCGUGGAAAUCGCUCAUGCUGAGACAGAUCCGGGUGUUCACUUGAAACCUGCCGGACGGCGUCAGCAUUUUGAUUGCUGGCGGGCGGAAGGGAUAGUCCGGAGGGAAAAUCACUAAGCCAUGAUACUGCCCAUUUUCGUAGGGAGUGCCCGGAGGCCCUGUUAUCACGUAGUGCCAUUCCAGGAUGUUCUCCUCGCUUGGUCUGCACAGAAUGUAUGGGGGCGGAUUUUCCCGGAUCUGCUUAUAUUCUUUUGUCAACCGCUUGUAUGCC